AUGUCCACGAAGCGGCAGCUUGAAGCAAAGCUGGUUUGGAGCUCGGACAGGGCAGCGGAACCCUGGGCAAGGAGCUUAUGUCUUCGUGGCUCCGAUUCCGCAGAGCCGAAAAAGAUCCAAGAGCAAUUUGGCAUUCUUGGAAGCUGGAUCCCCCAGCCGGAGAAGUGGGUGUACCGAGAACAGGGAGUGAAGGUGGAGAUCAGCCAUGAUGGCGAAUGGCUGACGGGUACCACCUUGGAGCUCAUUGAGGAUAUGCCCUCGCGGUUGAAGGUCUUGGUCAAAAUGGAGGACGACACCGAGAAGGUGAUCAGUUUAGGCCGCGCGAAGCCGCGAUCCAAAGAUUUUGCUUGUGAACCUGCGGGGCUCAAGGUAGUGAUCAGAGUAGGAAUAGCCAAACUCUGGGAGAUGAAGACUGACGCCAACAUGAGGAUUCUUCACAAGCUUAUUGGCAAGGCCGGGUUCGUACCUUUCUUUCCUCCAAUCUUUGGUCGUGCACACGACUUUUGCGUCAGUCUCAUGGACAAGAAAGAUGAGGAUAGCGACUGUUCCUUACCAAGGUUCAGGACCGGCGAGACCGAUGAGCCGCAUGACGACAGCAUGAGUGUUGGUGACCUAUCAGACAUGGAAUCUGAGUGGGACCCCUGUGAGACACCAGGACAGUUGCCAGAGGAGUUCCAGGACGAGGAAGUCAACAGCGCAGCGUGUGUCCUCACUGGAACAAACUCUGCACAUUUUCAGAUGAUUUCCCAUGGAUUUGCAGAGUCCAUGGGCUGGUUUAAACAGGAGCUGCAAGGUAAGCAAGUGAUCCGACUUCUCUCUGCUGAUCUUUGGACGCAGUACCAGUUGGAUUGCGCAUACAACAAAGCAAUAGAGGAAGGUGGAAAGCAGAGCAUCGAAGCUGCGCUGCGAUGCAAAACAGGGGAGCUCAAGUUCUGUCGCGUGACAAUGGAGAAGGUAGUGACCAGUUUCAAUGGCAACACUAUGGAUGUCCUGCUGAUGACAUCUCACGAACUGGAUUGAAUCUGUCGACUUCACACGUGUGGUCUGCAAGCUUCCUUUCAGUAGCACAGCCGGGAAUCCAUUAGCCCCUUGACGAAUGCUGGACCCCCUGCCAGAGUAACAGUUGACACUGCAAGCAUCCCUGUGUGGAC